ACUCAUUUCCAAUCUGCGGUGCCUUGGUGACAUCUGCAACACUAAAUAAAGAUUCUCCCGAGCCUUAGCACGGCGGUUCUGUGACAAAUAAGAAGACUAAGAGGCAACUUUGGCUGCCAAAGCUGCGAGAUCGGUGCGCUUGAGCCGCUUGUUUGGUUCCCAGGAGGGACCAGCAAAGUUAAAUACUCCUGGAAAAGCCGAGUUGGGCCCAGCAGGUGUGGAGCUGCUCAAAUGAGAAGCAGGCACCACCAUGUUCCUGAAUAAGUGUGAGGGGGACCUGGCUGAGCUGCGGAAGCCGGGGGACCCUGAGGCCGCCCCCCUGGCCGCCACUGCCGCCGAGGAGGAGGAGGAGCAGCCCAAGAAGAAGCACCGCCGGAACCGCACCACCUUCACCACGUAUCAGCUCCACGAGCUGGAGCGCGCCUUCGAGAAGUCCCACUACCCCGACGUGUACAGCCGCGAGGAGCUCGCCAUGAAGGUCAACCUGCCCGAGGUCCGCGUGCAGGUCUGGUUCCAGAACCGACGAGCCAAGUGGAGGCGGCAGGAGAAGAUGGAGGCCAACUCCAUGAAGCUCCAUGACACCCCCAUGCUCUCCUUCAACCGGCCCCCCAUGACUCCCAACGUGGGGCCCAUGAGCAACUCUCUCCCUCUUGACCCAUGGCUGACGUCCCCCAUCUCCAGUGCCACCACAGUCCACAGCAUCCCCGGCUUCAUGGGAGCCCCCCAGGCCCUGCAGCCCCCCUAUGGUGGUCACUCCUUCCUCAGCACCCCACCGCCCAUGGCGCAGGGCAUGCAGCCCAUGCCCCCCGCGCCCUACCAGUGCGGCACCAGCUUUGUGGACAAGUACCCGCUGGAGGAGGUGGACCAGAGGAGCUCCAGCAUCGCCUCGCUCCGCAUGAAAGCCAAGGAGCACAUUCAGACCAUUGACAAGACCUGGCAGCCCAUUUGA